GGUCGUGCAGUUUUUAAAUAUUGGCUUCACGUCGAUUUUUGUUCAGACACUGCUUUCUGUUCUGAGCAAGUUCUAAGCAUUCAAGACAAGGCUUGGAGUAUCAAGCCAUACCUCUCAAAGUCAGAUUAAAAUGAGUGAUCAGGCGCUAUCCUUGAUCCUCUGCUGCAAAUGCGGUGUUCAAAUACAUUCGAAUACUGCAAAUAUGUGCUUCACAUGCUUAUCCGGUGACGCAGAUAUCGCUGCUCAUAUUGAUCGCCAAAAUACUAUAACAUUUUGCCCAAAAUGCGAACGUUAUUUGAGUCCUCCAUCUAACUGGAUAUGUGCUGAACCAGAGUCUCCGGAGUUACUUGCAUUGUGUAUCAAAAGGAUUCGUGGGUUAAAGAAGGGUUUGGAUGUUCGGAGUGCUAGAUUCAUCUGGACCGAGCCUCAUAGUAGAAGAAUAUCCAUAGAGGUAACUGUACAUGGUGCAUUGCAAACUGGUGAUCUUGUUGAGCAACGAAUUCCUAUUGAUUUUACAGUUCACUCACAACAGUGUACUGCAUGUACUCGUAACGCUGCCAAGGAUUAUUGGAAUGCUUGUGUUCAAGUUCGUCAGAAGGUGGAUCAUAAAAAGACAUUGCUACACUUGGAGCAAGUUAUCCUUCGGUCUGGUGUACACAAAACUUGUUCCAAUAUUAAGCAGGUUUCAGGUGGUAUUGACUUCUUUUUCAGCACACGUUCACAGGCUGCUACUUUUGUCAACUUCCUUUCCAAACGUUCACCUUGUCGGUGUCAAACUGCACAACAUUUAAAAUCUCAUGAUGUACAUAACAAUACAUACAAUUACAAGUAUACAUUUUCUGUGGAGAUUGCACCGGUUUGUAAAAAUGAUGUAGUCUGUUUAUCACGAGCACAAUCACAAAAACUUGGUGGAAUCGGUCAGCUAUGCAUCGUUACGAAGGUCUCUGAGUCAAUUCACUUAAUUGAUCCGUUAACUUGUCAAGUUUGCCAUGUUGACAGUAAAGCCUAUUUCUCCUCUCCCUUCACAUCGAUAACAACACAAAAACACUUAUCUCCAUUUAUUGUCCUUGAGAUUGAAGAGGGAGAAGAUGAAAGACGUCAGUCGAACUCUUCAAAAAAAUCUUUCACUACAUCAACAACAUCAUAUCCAGUCGGUGCAAAAUUAUCCAAAAAACAUUCACCAAUAUCAGUUUGGGUAAUGAGAGAUCCAACUGAUGGUGGUGUAGACUUGGUUCAGUUGAAUAAUGAGUCUGAUGAAGGCAUGAUUCAUGCUAGAUCACAUCUUGGUCGUAUUUUACAUUCUGGAGAUAAAGUUCUUGGGCUGGAUUUGCGAAAUUGUAAUAUUAAUCAUCCAGAAUUUGAAAAAUUACCAGAGGAUAAAGUACCUGAUGUCAUUUUAGUAUUACGACCUAGUCAACCGAAAUUGACAAAUGUUGAUGAGAAGGAGAAGGCUAACGAUGGUGGUCCGACUAAACGGAAACGUAUUCGAAAACAUUCAUUCGGUGUAGCAGAUUCUGAAAUGGAUACUGCUUCACAAGCAAUGCAUACCGAAUGCUCAUUAUCAUCAUUAUCCGACGAUGACGAUGAAUAUACUUCGUUUGAUGAUGAAGAAGACGAACACAUAGAGGUAGAAAACGGCGCUGAUGCGAAAUUCAAAGAUUUAGAAAUGGAUGUUAAUUGGGAAGAUGCUUGUGAGGAACCGAAUCACCCUUGAACUAAGGCCUUCAGCUGAUGAGAGUAAAUGGCUUUUUAUCUCUCUCUCUUGUAUGACUUGUUUUGUAUUUUAUAUCUUGGAUUCGCCUUGCCUUUGCUUUGUUCCGCAUUCACUAGACCCCCCUUUUUGUUAUUGUUUUGAGAUGAUUUGUUAUCAGUCUUUCAUCUCAAAUAUAGUUUUACUCUGUAAAUUAUUAUUAUUAUCACCGUUAUCAUCAUUUGAAGACAGUAAAUAUAUCGAUCAGUUUUCUUUUGGAUCA